CCCGUGCAAACAGCUGUUUUUGGCUGUUGUCGCGUGCAAUUGGUUUUUUUUAAGCCGAUUUUGUUUUUAACAAAUUUAGUUAAUUAUUUAAAAUGCUGUGCACUCGGGCAGUGGCACGACUAGCCGGAAGUGUAGCCAGCAAAACAUGGGUAACACAGUCGCCAAUUAGGCAAACUCCUUUGAUACUGGGAGCAUUCGAUCAAUCCUGCCGCUUGUGUUCCUCCACCGGCGUUGUAGAUAGCCCAAAUAAGACAAAGCCCGGCCCAGGAGCCGCACCCGGAGCCGCGGAAGGCGGCGGCGGUGGCAUUCUGAAGCGAGUGCUGACCAAAGUAGGAUUUACACCCAACACAAAGGCUCGCCUCAAGGUAAGUAGCCACCUGCUGUACGAGAGCGUGGCCGACAAGAUCAACUAUGUGGUGUUCUUUCGCGACUUCAAUCUGCCCAAUACCUUCAACUCCUGGUUCCUCGUCACGGAGCUGCAUGUGUGGCUCUUGCUGAUGCGCUCCAUGGCCGAGGGUUCGGAGACCGGUGAGGAUGGACGUUUCCUGCGCAACUGCAUCGUGGAGGCCAUGUGGGGCGAUGUCAAUACGCGUGCCAAGAAGUUGGGGGCCCACAAUCCUUCUCGCACCCGACAACAGAUCGAAACGUUAUCCGAACAGUUCCAAGCAGCUCUCAUUGCCUACGACGAGGGCAUCAUGUCCGACGAUCGUGUGCUGGCCUCCGCCCUGUGGCGUCGCUUUUUCGAGAUGAACUGCGAGGAUUACGCCCAAAUCGAGCGGCUGGUGAAGUAUGUUCGCCAGCAGGCAGCCAUGCUGGACAGUUUGCCGCGCGAUCAGUUCAUCAUCAAGCCCAAGGUGGCCUGGCUGGAUCUGGACAAGUGCAAGGUGUAGUCUAAGUUUAUGUUUUUUUAAUAAAGUUAAAGAGAGUAUGUAAA